AUGAGCAGCAACGUCUUGGAGGCCGCUCUGAAUAAUGUCAACUUACUCGACAUUAUUAGUGUACCAGAUGAUCAGCCAGACAUAGAAGCGAGAGCAUUACCUUUAUUAUAUCGUGCAAACUUUGAUACAAAUUUCGAGGAUAGAAGCGCGUUUGUUACGGGAAUUGCAAAAUACAGUGAAGAAGCGACGCGACAUGCUCAGUUUAAUGAUAUGCUUGCUGAUGGACUGCAACAUGCAGCUCAUUUAUACACAUGGAGAUGUUGUUCCAGAGCAGUACCAAUGGCGAAAUCGAAUGAUCAACAAAAUAGAACGGAGAUCAAUGAAAUGGUAGUGCAUGUUCUCAAGCCAGAGGUUGACAAACUCAUGCAUUUCAUGGAUUUCACACUAGAAGCAAUCAAACGAUUUGCUGACGAAGUCAAACGUUUGUGUCAUCAGGAGAAAAGGAAGGAUUUCGUCUCCGAAGCUUAUCUUCUGACAUUAGGACGAUUUAUCAACAUGUUUGCUGUUCUUGAUGAAUUGAAAAACAUGAAGGCGUCUAUCAAAAAUGAUUUUUCGACAUUCAAAAGGGCUUCACAGUUUCUUCAAACUAUGUCUGAUACCGAUUCAAUUCAAAGAAUGCAAAAUUUGAGCAUGUUUUUGGCUACACAGAAUAAAAUCAAAGAUGAUUUGAAGCUUAAACUGAAAGUUAUCGAAGGGUAUGAAGAAUUACUAUCUGACGUCAUCAGUAUUUGUGCUCAUAUGUAUGAAAAAAGUGCAUAUAUAUCACCUAAUGAGAAGCAUAUGUAUGUCAAAGUGAUUGCAUUCUCAUUGUUCUUAUUGGAUGGAGAUUCUGUAAUUGUUGCGAAGCUUGAACAGAAGAAACGAUUGAAUUUUCAAAAUCUCGAUAGAAUCUUCAAAAGUCUCGAAGUAGUUCCGCUAUACGGAGAUAUGCAGAUUCAACCUUUCGCUUUUGUCAGAAGAAGUUCACAAUAUGAUGCGAGUAAAUGGCCAUUGAGUGAUAAAGAAUCCGACAAAUGCCACGUUAACAUCGUUGAAAAAGUUAAGAGCAUACGAGUAGAACAUGAAAGCUACGUGACGAAUUUUGCGAAAAUAAAUAACGAAGUAGAGAUUUCCGAUCGAAUCGGUAGCGACCGCGAACAUCGCGAACUGACAUCAGUUGCACUCUCCGGUAUUCAACUUCUGUGUCAAUGGUCAUGUGCUGUCGUAGAAACAAUCAGUUGGAAACUAUUACACCCAACAAAUCCAAAAGACAAUCGAGACUGCCCUGAUGAUGCAGAAGAAUACGAAAGAGCAACUCGAUACAACUAUUCAGCAGCUGAGAAAACCGCGCUUAUUCAAAUAAUCGCAAUGAUAAAGGGUCUUCAAUCUAUGCUUGGUAAAAUGGAACCGGAGAUGUCAAAUUCCAUUAGAAAGUGUGUCUACGUGGAACUACAAUCAUUCAUUCAGUAUGCCGUGAACGAUCCUCUACAGAAAGCUGUGAAGAACAAGAAAGAUUUAUUGGCAAGUAUCCUGCAAUCAGUAAAAGACUCUAUUUAUGACGUUGGAUACGAGUUGAACCGGGUCACGGAUACAAAGAGUAAAUCAAAAAAAUCUGGAUCGAAAGUGGAUUCAGCCAAUUCGUCUUCAUCAGAUAUUCGAAUUCCCAGAAGGGCCGCCGCUCCGGGUAGUACUCAAUUGUAUAUGGCUAGAACUCAGUUGGAGUCAUUGAUAUCUGAAAAGUUAUGUGGAGGAAAGAAGAUUUUAAGAAAGGAACUCGACAAAAGCACAAUUGAAAAGAUCUCAAACUUUCUUCUGAAAUCAGCACAUUGGCCAGCACUUUUCAAUCUUUCGGAUUCAAUGACAGAAGCUGGAGAAUUAAGUCAACUGUGGUUCCGAGAAUUUUAUCUGGAAAUGACGAUGGGACAACGUAUUCAAUUCCCGAUCGAAAUGUCAAUGCCAUGGAUUUUGACCGAUUAUAUUCUGUCCUGUAAUGAACCAUCUCUCAUUGAAUCAGCACUUUACCAAUUGGAUCUCUACAAUGAUGCUGCACAAUAUUCUCUGUUCAACUUCCACAAGCAAUUUCUUUACGAUGAGGUUGAAGCUGAAGUGAAUUUAUGUUUUGAUCAAUUUGUCUACAAACUAUCCGAAAUGGUUUUCACUCAUUACAAACAACUUGCAUCAUGUAUGCUUCUCGACAAACGAUUCAAAUCUGAAAUCCUUCGAGCCGGAACAAUGAUCCGUUCUCCGUCCGCUGCACGAUUCGAGAGUCUUCUCCAACAAAGACAUGUUCAAUUAUUAGGACGAUCGGUUGAUUUGAACAGAGUUGUUUCUCAAAGAGUCAACAUGGCACUUCUGAAAGCACUAGAUGCAGCGAUUUGGAAGUUCGAGAGCGAACCACUCUCUUCUGUUGUAGAAUUGGAUAUGCUGAUAGAAGCCAAUCGUCUCUGUCAUACACUUCUCAAAAAAGUUCUUCAUUCAAUUGCUCCAUUUGAUGAUCUCUUCCAGGAAGCUAAUCACGCCGUCAACUCGCCACAUGGAAGAAUUACUCUUCAUGUUUUCUGGGAACUCAACUACGAUUUCGUGCCGAACUUUGUGUACAAUGGAUCAACUCACAGAUUUGUUCGGGCUCGGCAUGUUUUCCGAAAGACUCCAGCAAGAGAGAAACCUCCAACAGUCGGACAAGUUUACUACUGGGGAUCGAAAUCAUUGAUGGCUGCUUUCAUGAAUAUAUCUAAUGCUUACAGUCAAUGUAUCGGAACUCAGCAUCUGAAAGCAAUCACUCGCCUUCUACAUUACCAAGGAAUCGCUGUUAUUCUGGACGAACUUCUGAAAAUGACGCAUCGACUUCUGGAAGAUAAAAUCAAGAGACACGUGAAAAAUGUAUUCAAUAUGAUGCCUAAAAUUUGUAAACUCCCGAGAGCCGACUACGGGAGUACGGCGUUGUUACAAUACUAUUGCCAUCAUUUGGAAGCUGUUGGAAAGUACCCGGAACUCAAGACAGAAUUUUGUCAAGAUCUUCGAGAACUCGGCAACAUGAUAGUUUUCUGCCAACAACUGGAAGUGGCUCUCGGACAAGAAGAGACUCACGAUCUCUUUCUAGCGGCUGCAUAUAUUGGAAAUGUUCCCCAACCACCAUCAAGAAAUGCGCAAGAGCAAAUGAAACAGCUAGUUAAGCUAGAAGAGAAGUUCUCAAGAAUUCACUUGACCGAAGUUAUAGACAAAGUCAGUGUUGAUGAAGGACAGAAAGUAAUAGCAAGAGAAGCAGAACUAAUGACAAAAGAGAGAUUAUGCUGUGGGCUGAAUGCUUUCGAAAACUUCUUACUUCGAAUCAGACAAAUGCUCGCAAAUGAUGAGAUCUGGACUGGAGGAUAUCCAUCAAACGGAGUGUUCUGGAUCGAUGAGUGUGUGGAAUGGUAUCGUGUCUACUCAGCUUUGCAGUUUUUCUUAUGUCAACCAACGCGCGAUGAUAACGAUGUGAACGCAGAGUGA